AUGGCGUCGAUUCGGACAUGCGGUCGAGCUUCUCGCUCGUUGUUUUCCAGCCCACGAUGCCGUCCAAUUGCCUCGCAAUGCGGCGUGAUGCCGAGCUAUCGUCGGGCGGGACAUACAUUCUCAGAGGGCCAGCAGAAGGUUCUCUCCGCGACAUUACGAGAAGGCGAUCCGGAUGUUUUCGAAAUCGUCCAGAAGGAGAGAGAUAGACAAAAGCACUUCAUCAACCUUAUCCCGUCGGAAAAUUUCACUUCACAAGCCGUGCUCGAUGCUUUAGGAAGCGUAAUGCAAAACAAAUACUCAGAAGGCUAUCCCGGGGCACGAUACUAUGGUGGCAAUGAGUUUAUCGAUGAAGCCGAGAGGCUAUGCCAGAGGAGAGCAUUGGAGACUUUUGGCUUGAAGGAGGAUGAAUGGGGAGUUAACGUCCAGCCGCUUUCCGGCUCACCGGCGAAUCUCUACGCUUACUCUGCCCUGCUCGAGCCGCAUGACCGGAUAAUGGGACUUGACCUUCCCCAUGGUGGCCACCUUUCGCACGGCUAUCAGAUCCCUAGCAAGAAGAUCUCGAUGAUCUCCAAGUACUUCGAGACCUUUCCCUACCGGCUGGAUGAGUCCACGGGCCUGAUCGACUACGAUAAACUCGAGGAGAACGCCAUGCUGUAUCGACCCAAGAUCAUCAUUGCUGGAACGAGCGCCUAUUCUCGCCUGAUUGAUUAUUCGCGCAUGGCCGCAAUCGCCGAGAAGGCCGGUGCUCUUCUCCUAGCUGACAUGGCCCAUAUCUCAGGGUUGGUCGCGGCGGGUGUGGUUCCGUCUCCCUUCGCUCAUUCCGCCGUCGUCACCACGACCACCCACAAGUCCCUCCGGGGUCCGCGAGGCGCCAUGAUCUUCUACAGGAAAGGCGUGAAGACGGAGGCCAAGGCCAGCAAAUCUGGCAAGUCUUCGGAGCCGAUCAUGUGGGAUCUGGAGUCGAAAAUCAACGCCUCGGUCUUCCCUGGCCACCAGGGUGGUCCGCACAACCACACCAUCACCGCCCUCGCUGUGGCAUUAAAGCAAGCGCAGCUGCCAGAGUUCAAGACCUAUCAAGAGCAAGUCCUUCGCAAUGCCAAGUCGCUCGCUGACCGGCUGGGCGACUCGACGAAACAGGGAGGGUUAGGCUACGACAUCGUGUCCGGCGGAACGGACAACCAUCUCGUGCUCGUCGAUCUCAAGAAAAAGGGCGUCGACGGCGCCCGGGUCGAACGCGUCCUCGAGCUCGUUGGCGUCGCCGCGAACAAGAACACGGUCCCAGGCGACAAGUCAGCCAUGAAGCCGGGUGGUAUCCGCAUGGGGACCCCCGCGAUGACGACCCGCGGGUUCGACGCCGACGACUUCGCGCGCGUGGCCGAGAUCGUCGACCGCGCCGUCUCCAUCACGCUGAAAGUGGACAAGUCUGCCAAGGAGGCGGCGGAGGCGCGGAACCGGAAGAACCCCGGCAGCGUCGCGGCGUUCAAGGAGUAUUUGAAAGAGGGAGAGGAGAUCCAUGAGAUUGUGCAGCUAAGGGAGGAGGUGAAGAGCUGGGUGGGCACGUUUGCGUUGGUGUGGGAAAAGCCGGGGAAAUGAGCUUCAAGGGAAUAUGAGUGACGUUCAGAAGAUCAUGGCUUUGGAACGAUGCGAUAGGAAUGAAAUCGGGUGGCGACGGCCCGUUCGGGGAUGUCGGCGGUUAAUUUCAACAAGGCGGCUGACAUGAUGUAGGAGUCACGGUUCAUGGAUCUGGGACGUUGGAGAUCAAAGGUCAGGUUUGUAUAUAUGCUUUUAAGACUUCACUCUUUCACGUCGCUGAACCGUGAAUGAAGAACUGCAA